ACGACUGACGCAAACGAGCACCUCGACUUCUUUGUUUACCCCAUCGCACCAGGCACAACGAGACUUACAAGACACCAAUUCCUCAACCAACGAGCCACCGAAACCAUCACCAGUUUAGCCUUCGCUUUAGAGAUGGCAGAGCCCUAUAACACGCCGAUGCCUGCAAGCACGCCAGUGCCAGCAUCCACUCCGCGAUCAUCCUCCCCCGCGCCGCCCCUCCCUAGCCUUACCCCCAACGGUUCCAUGACCACGAUCCCCCUACGACUGCCACAACAAGACCCGUCCGACAAACGACGACCCAUCGUCCUCCAUAUCGGCGAUCCCAUCAAGUACAACCCCGCAACAUAUGCAGAGUUCAGUCAAGCGUUCGAGGUUAUCCGACCCAGUACCGCGGAGAGGGAACGAAGCGAGUUCAAGAAGGCACUACAAGAACGGCGAUGGGGUGACUUCAGCGCCAUCUUUCGACCAUUCUGGGGUACUGGUGGCGAGAUGGGCCGUUGGGACGCUGAGCUUAUCGGCUUGCUGCCGACCUCGGUCAAGGUGUUUGCCAGCGCGGGUGCAGGCUUCGACUGGGCAGAUACAAAACUCCUUGGGAAAAGAGGUAUAAUUUAUUGCAACUCUGGCCUCGCCGCCGCCGAAGCUGUGGCCGACUUUGCUGUAGCAAUGGUUAUCUCCACCUUCCGGCACCUCCCCUGGUGCAUGGGCGCCGCGACACUCCCAUACUUCCUCACGACGUCUUCUUCCCCGGACUCCACGACUGCAUCCGUGGCAGCCGGCAAAACCUUCCAAACAUGCCACUCGCUCGCAACAGCCGUCUCCCACAACCCCCGCAACCACGUCCUUGGCCUUAUAGGCUUCGGUAACAUCGGCCAGCAGAUUGCUGCUAGAUUCGGAAACGCAUCCUUUGGGAUGCGAAUCGCAUAUUACGAUGUGGUUCGCAAGCCUGCCUCCAUGGAGUCAUCACUUGGGGCUACAUACUACCCCAAUCUAGAGCUUUUGUUGGCUGCGUCCGACUGCGUAGUGCUCUGUACGCCUGCUUCAGCGGAUGGCAAACCCCUGAUCACCACAGAUGCCCUGAAACAGGUCAAGAAGGGAUUGAGGUUUGUGAACGUUGCACGGGGAAGUCUGGUCGAUGAAGAAGCGCUGGCAGACGCGCUAGAGGACGGGAGGAUCAGCGCUGCGGCAUUGGAUGUGCAUUCUGAGGAGCCUAGGGUAAGCCAGAGGCUGGUCAAGAUGGCAUUUGGGGAACAGGACAUUGUCGGGAGGAACGCUAAAGAGCAGGCAAAAUCCAUUUUCGACCACCCUGGAAGGGUUAUGUUGACCUGCCAUAAUGCUGGGGGGACGGUCGAGACGCAUAUUGGGUUCGAGGAACUGAGCAUGAGGAAUAUCAUGGCGGUUCUGGGAGGGCACAAAGCCAUAACUCCGGUCAACUUGCAUUAUAUGAAGACUACGGAGUAAGAGGGGGCCAAGGGAGGGCUUUCUUUUCUUUCUUCCUUGGCUUGUCAUCCUCCUUCACUGUUGCCCCCCGCAUUUGGUCUCGGGAAAGGAAACACUGGCUUGUUCCGUUCCGAGCCUGGGAGUUUGGAGUUGAUAAACCACAAUGUAAGGCGGUAUUCAUGUUAUUUUCCCUUGUUCUUUUCUUGCUGUUUUUUCUAUUUCCUUUUCUUUUGCUCUUGGAGUCGUACUCCAGUUUCUUGUCCAAUGAAUUUCUCAGGUCACGAAACAUUAACAGCGGGGCCAGCUACCGCGGCUAACCAUAAUGGUGAUGGUUGUGUCAGCAAUGGCAUCCGUAAUGGAAUAUCAGGAAGGAACACCUGA